CAAAAGUUCAAGAUGGCGGCCCAAAUAAAACCAAAGUCGGAAGGCGGUGGCGGAAAUGUCAGAAAACCACAGUUAAUAGGGAAGAUAGAAGCUGAUGAUGUAAUCAACAUGGCAGUGAUAAUUCCUAAAGAAGAUGGUGUGAUCAGUGUUAGUGACGACAGAACUGUUCGUGUUUGGUUGAAAAGAGACACAGGAUUGUUCUGGCCAAGUAUAUGUCACAAUAUGCCAGCUGAGGCUUCUACCAUAGCCUUUGACAAACCAACUCACAAACUGUUCAUAGGACUUGACAAUGGAGCUAUUUCGGAGUUUAAGUUAGCCGAAGACUACAAUGCAAUGACACAUAUUAGAGAUUAUAUUGCGCACCAGAGCCGAGUAACUGGAGUGUAUUUCUCAGUGCAGUGUGAAUGGGUGCUAAGUACAGGUCGGGAUAAAUACUUCCAGUGGCAUUGUUCCGAGAGUGCACGUCGACUGGGAGGAUACCAGACAUCAGCCUGGUGCACAUGUAUAGAAUUUGAUGAACAGUCAAAGUAUGUUUUUGUUGGUGACUAUGGUGGCUGUAUUACAAUACUAAAGAUUGGAGACAAUAACUUUGAAGUCAUAACACUGCUUAGAGGCCAUACUGGAAGUGUAAGAGCAUUAGCUUGGGAUGCCGAUAGAAGCCUUUUAUUUAGUGGAAGUUUUGACCAAUCUAUUAUAGUAUGGGAUAUAGGGGGACAGAAAGGCACUGCCUUUGAAUUACAAGGUCACAAUGAUAAAAUCCAGUCAAUGCUCUAUGCACCCUCCUCAAAACAACUCAUAUCUGGCGGGGAUGACCACACUCUUGUUGUAUGGAACAUGGACUCAAAACGCAGUGAAACUCCAAGUUGGAAAGACAAUGAUACGUGCCAAAAAUGUGGAACUCCAUUUUUCUGGAAUUUCAAAUCUAUGUGGGAACAGAAAACUAUAGGAUUACGGCAGCAUCACUGUCGAAAAUGCGGUAAAGCAGUGUGUCAUAAAUGCAGUUCUGCCAGAUCGUCAAUUCCUGCAAUGGGCUAUGAGUUUGACGUACGAGUCUGUGACGAAUGUUUCAACACAAUCACGGAUGAGGACAAAGCCCCUAUGGCAACAUUCCAUGACACAAAGCACAGCAUAAUGUUUAUGCACCUGGAUGAGACCCGGAAACUGCUUCUCACCAUAGGCAAAGACAGAGUAAUGAAGUUAUGGGAUAUGGUUAGUGUGUUGCAGUAA